AUGCAAAAGAAACAGCAGCGGGUCUCCAUUCCCAUCCUUGCCCGCACCACCCCUCCACCCGGGUCAAGCUCUUCGACCAGGCCCAGAAUGGCGGCGGCGGCGAUUCUUCUUUCGCUCUUGGCUCCCCAUCAUAUUACCCAGAACACCAUCGUGGACCAGGAACAGGGUGGGUGUGAGAGGGACUGCUAUGCACCUAAGCAGCCCACGAGCUGCGCUAUCUGGGGUCCAAUCGACCCUGGGCCCAUUGGAUUGUUGCGUUGCCGGUAUGUACAUCGUGGUCCUGACAAUGUCUGUCGAAAUUUUGCUUACUUACGUACUUACGAACCAGAGGACACUGCUUUCACACAUGUGCAUGUAGCUUCUGCCCUACUAGUUUGCCCGAGUCUUGACGUGCCAGCACCCUGUCCUAGCUUUGUGUGGUGCGUCUCUCUCGCAUGCGUCGCGCCAUAUAUAUUUCCUCUUAGCCCGGUUGCAAAGCAUCAUGGUGUAGCUUAG